GCUAAUAUCCGCUUUAAUCGCUUUAGCGAAAUGGGUCCGAUCCUUCCUCGAACAACAACGAGAGCCCUCGGCAAUGGUAACGGUUCCUUAAACACUAGCCACAGAGCUUGCGGAUUACUACCUCUAAGAACAUGCUUCCUUCAGCACAUCCCGCAUAGGCGCUGUCGCCAAAAUUGGAAUAGCCUCAGAACUGAUAACCACCACUCAGUUGCUGCGGGAACAAGAGGCGCAUCCCUAACGCGAGCAUUGCCGAAUGUUGCUGACAAUGCCAUAGCUUUUAAGGAGGAAUAUACUGGCGACAUCGAGGCUGCAGAAGAAGAGUCGCUCAAAGUGCUCGAAUGGCCGGCUGUGUGCAAACAGGUGGCAUGCUUCUGUGGGACAAGCAUUGCCGCCGAGCUCGUGGCGAGCGGGCAGCUGCCGCGGGGUCGCAGCCGCGAGGAAAGCGAGCUGCUGCUGCAGCAAACCGCGGAAGCGCUUGCGGCAAAGCUUGAGGUCCGCGGCUGUCUAGACAUCCGGCCCGCAGCGGAGGCGGCCGCCGCAGGGGCGUGCCUCAACGCACGACAGCUGGAGGGUGUGGCUGCCACCCUAGAGGCCGCUUUCGCCCUCAAAGCAGCUGCCACCGCCACCGCCACCGCACCCCUCUGCCACUCUGGUAGCAGCAGCAGCAGCAGCAGCGGUGGCCCCAACACCACCACCGUCAGCAGCAGCAAGCGAAGCACGAAACCAGCCUCCUCGCCGGCCGCUGCAGCGCCCCCGGGCGACUCCGACUCUGACUCCACCGUCUCCACCCCUCCUGCUGCUGCCGCUGAUCCUGCUGCUGCAUCCGAAUCGGACCCUGCCGUUGCCCCUGCUGCGGCCGCCCCGCUGUUCCCCCACCUUGCCGCCCUGGCAGCGGGAAUCAGCGAGGAGGAGCGCAUCCUGCUUCGGGCCAUCCGGGGGUGCAUUGAGCACGGCGGUGUGUGCGACGGCGCCUCCGAGGCCCUAGCCGCCCUCCGAGCCCAGCGGCGGGCCAACAAGGAGCAGCUGCGGGCUGAGGUGGAGCGAUGGGCGCGGCAGCUGGUGACCCGUGGGGCGGCGGAGCCGGGGGCGGUGGCGCUCGUGCGGGGUCGACUGUGCGUGGGCGUGCGGGCGGGUCGUCAGGGCGAGCUCCCCCGCGGCAGUGUGCGACUGGGCGCCUCCUCCUCCGGCGCCACCCUCUACCUGGAGCCGCAGCCCUGUGUGGCACUCAACAACGCGGAAGCACUGCUGGCGGAGCAGGAGGAGCGGGAGGCGGGGCGGGUGCUCGGGCUGCUUUCGGGCAUGCUGGGCUCCCGAGCCCCCCAGGUGCUCUCCCUGCUGUCAGCGGCGGUGCAGCUUGAUGUGGUGGCGGCACGGGCGGCGCAUGCGUGCUGGCUGGGGGCCGUGCGGCCGGAGUUCGUGGCAGCGGAGGCGGAGGAGGAGGAGGGGGAGGGGGAGGAGGAGGGGUGCAGCAGCAGCAGCAGCAGCUGCCCACCGCUGCACCUGCCCGGAGCCAUGCACCCGGUGCUCAUGCAGCGGGGGCUGCCGCCCCUACCGCACCCGCCCUCGAUUGAUGACAACCGCUUCGAUCGAGAUUUCCAAGCGGCCCCCGCCUGGGAGCUGAUGCGGCGGCGGGCGGUGAGGCCCGAGGGACCUGCAUCGGAGCUGGGAGGCAGUAGCGGCAGUGGCGGUGGUGGAGCAGCGGAGGGAGGGGCAGGGGCUGAGGGGGGUGGCGGUGGUGGCGGCGGAGCUUCGUUGCUGCCCAAGCCGCUGGACCUGCGGGUGCCUGCGGGGCGGAGGGUGGUCACUAUCACAGGUCCAAACACGGGCGGCAAGACGGUGACCCUGAAGGCAGCGGGUCUGUUAGUCCUCAUGGCCCAGGCGGGUCUCUACCUCCCCUGCAGCCGCCAACAGGAGGAGGAGGAGGGUCGUCAGCAGGAGCGGGCGGUGACCCACGGGUCACCAGCCCCUGCUGCUGCUACUGCUGCUGCUCCUCUUCCUUCCUCACAUACUCCGCGUCUGGUCUGGUUUGACCGCGUGUUGGCUGACAUCGGCGACUCGCAGAGCUUGCAGCAGAACCUCUCCACCUUCAGCGGACACAUCAGGAGGAUCAAGCGGAUUCUGCGCUCCGCCUCCCGCCGCUCGCUGGUGUUGUUGGACGAGGUGGGCAGCGGUACGGACCCGCUGGAGGGGGCGGCACUGGCGCGGGCGGUGCUGGACACGCUAGCAGGGCAGGCCCGCCUCACGCUCGCCACCAGCCACCAUGCGGAGCUCAAACGCGCCGCGGAGGACGACCCGCGGUUCAUCAACUGCUGCAUGACCUUCGACACCGCCACUCUGCGACCCACCUACCAACUGAGGUGGGGGGCGGCGGGAGCCAGCAACGCCCUAGACAUCGCGGAGGCGCUGGGGUUCGACAGUGUCGUGGUGCGGGAGGCUCGUGCGCUGGCGAGCAUCAUGGCAGCGGCAUCGGCAUCGGAGGCGACGGAUGGCGCAGCAGCCUCCUCCUCAUCCUCGUCUAUAGCCUCAUCCACCUCCUUCACCUCUUCUCCCGCGCUGGUGGGUGGUGGAGGCAGCAGCCGGAUUGCGGGAGUGGCUCGCAGCCUGGUACGGCAGCUGGAGGAGACGAGGGCGGAGGUAGCGGCGGAGCAGGUGCUGCGGGCCAGGCGGGCGGAGAAGCAGGCGCGGUUGCAGGCCACCAUUCAGAAGGUUCGGGAGAUGGAGCUGCAGCUCAAGGCCACACCCCGGGAGAUCGUCCUCGAACGCGACCGCCUGGCAGUGGAGGUGCAAACCGCCCUGGAUGCAUUCGCUGCUGGGUUGAAGCCUCAGGAGCCCGUGGAGCAAGCGUUGGAGAAGAUCGAGGCGCUGAUUCCCCGGGAGGUGGCGGCGCUGGGGGGCGGCAGGAGCGGCGCCUCCGGCAAGAGCCGCCGGAGGGAGGGUUCCAGCGGAGGAGGAGAGGGGGGCGACGAAGGAGAGCAGGGAGAGGAGGAUGGGGAUGAGGACGAUGAGGAGAAGGAGGAUGAGGAGGAGGAUGGCGAGGCGCUGCGGCCGGGAGAUACGGUGCAUGUUAAAUCGUACGGCGAGAUGGGGGAUGCGCAGGUGGUGAGCGUUAAAGGUGAGCACGUCACGGUGCGCUUCAACACCAUCAUGUUCUCAGCCGCCUCAGCCUUCUCAAGGAAAGCACGGCCCGUCAAACUACACAGGCGGCAGGUCCGUCGCAUCCAAUCCGGCAGCUCCCUGCCGCUGGGUGCCAUACCCUGGAUGGACUCCUACCAGCUGCUGACAUCCGAUGUGAGCCGGGCUCUCCAUGGGGAGGAAGCGGAGAAGCAGGAGCGGGAUGAGGAGCAGGACGAGGAGGAUGGGAAGCAGGAUGGAUCUAGCACCGCUGCUGCUGCUGCUGCUGCGGGUACAGCAGGCGGGCAGCAGCAGGGGGAGCAGCAGCCGCAGCUGCUGCCGCCCGGUGCGGCUCUGCUGGCGGAGGUGGCGGCGACGGAGGAGGACUUGUUGGUUGGCGACUGGGGAAGUGCUGAGCAGACCGAGGUGGUGUCGGAGGGACUGGUGCUGGAGGAGGAGGGGGAAGGGGAGGGGGAGGAGGAGGGUGGGAGGAGGAAGGGGAGCAGCCGGAGAGGGAGAGGGAAGGCAGCGGCUGCCGACGUGACUGCCGACGUGACUGCGAGCACUGCCAAGACGAGGAGGAGGCGUUCUAGGGGUGCCAAGGAGGACGAGGAGGACGAGGAGGAGGGGAAAGAAGGCGGUGAAGACGUUUGUGACGGAAAGCGCGCUCCUGCUCCUGCUGCUGCUACGGUGGCGGGGGGUGCGGCGGGGCGACGGUGGCGUCGGGCGACUGCGACUGCUGCGGCUGCCCAGCAGGCUGAGGUCGAGGAGGCACAGGCAGCAGCAGCAGCGGCGGAGGCGGAGGCGGCAGGAACAAUCCCAGCUGGUUUCCUGGUGCCGGAGCAGACGGCUGGCAACACGCUGGAUGUGGCAGGGGAGGUCCCCGAGCUCGCGGCAGCCGACCUCGAGGACCGCCUGCGAUCAGCAGCUCCCGGGUCCGUACUUUUCGUGCAACACGGGAUGGGUACGGGUGCAGUACGUCGAGCCGUACAUGCGUUACUAGAGAAGCGGCGGGCGCCAAAAGGUCGGGUACGACAGUGGGGCGAGGCGC